AUGGCUCUCCUCCUGGCAUUGGAGGCCCAGACCGACACAAAGGCCCUGCAAACAUGGACAAGGACUUCAGGCUCUCCUCUCUGUCUCACAGCCUUAGGACUCCAGAGUGUCAACUGGCAGAUGACCUCCAACCGCUCUGCGCAUCACACAGACAAGUUCUCCAGCCAGGAGCCCCCCUUGCGGAGAGGCCAACCCUUCAAUUUAAUGUUGAUCUUUAACCGAAAUCUGGACUCCAGAGAAAUUCUGGAGUUCACAGUCUCCACAGGGCCUAAACCCUCAGAGUCAGCCAGGACUAAGGCUGUGUUUCCACUCUCCAAUGGGAAUAGUGGUGGCUGGCGUGCGGUGCUUGGGGCCAGCAAUAACAACACUCUGACAAUCUCCGUCUCCAGUCCUGCCAAUGCACCCAUAGGACGAUACCAAAUGAGCCUUCAGAUCUCCUCCCAGGGCCAUGUCUCUUCUCUGAAUCUUGGGGCAUUCAUACUGCUCUUUAACCCUUGGCUGCAAGAGGAUAGCGUCUUCAUGAGUAACAGCGCUGAAAGAGAAGAGUAUGUUCAAGAAGAUGCCGGCAUCAUCUAUGUGGGAAGCACAAAUCGAAUUAGCAUGGUUGGCUGGAACUUCGGACAGUUUGAAGAUGACAUUCUGAGCAUUUGCCUGUCAGUCUUGGAUAAGAGUCUGAAUUUCCGCCGUGACCCUGCUAGUGACGUGGCCCGAAGAAAUGACCCCAAAUAUGUUGGCCGGGUGCUGAGUGCCAUGAUUAAUGGCAAUGAUGACAACGGUGUACUUGCUGGGAACUGGAGUGGCAGUUACACGGGUGGCCGGGACCCAAGGAACUGGAAUGGCAGCGUGGAGAUCCUCAAGGAGUGGAAAAAAUCUGGCUUCAGACCAGUCCGAUAUGGCCAGUGCUGGGUCUUUGCCGGGACCCUCAACACAGUGAUGCGGUGUUUGGGGAUUCCCUCCCGGGUGAUCACCAACUUCAACUCAGCUCACGACACAGACCGGAACCUCAGCGUGGAUGUGUACUACGAUGCCCAGGGAAACCCCCUGGACAAAGGCAGUGAUAGCGUAUGGAAUUUCCAUGUCUGGAAUGAAGGCUGGUUUGUGCGGUCUGACCUGGGCCCCUCGUACAGUGGAUGGCAGGUGUUGGAUGCUACCCCCCAGGAGAGGAGCCAAGGGGUGUUCCAGUGUGGCCCCGCUUCGGUUACCGCUGUCCGAGAGGGUGACGUGAACCUGGAUUUCGACAUGCCCUUCGUCUUCGCGGAGGUUAAUGCCGACCGCAUCACCUGGAUCUACAAUACCUCCAACGGCACCCAGAGGCAGAACUCCUUGGACACUCGCUCAGUUGGCAAGUACAUGAGCACCAAGGCAGUAGGCAGCAACUCCCGCGUGGACAUCACGGAGAAGUACAAGUACCCGGAAGGUUCCAGCCAGGAAAGACAAGUGUACCAGAAGGCUUUGGGGAAACUUAAACCCAAUGCAUCAUUUGGCCCAACAUCUGCAGGAUUUGGAACAGAGGAACAGGAGCCCAGCAUCUCUGGGAAGUUCAAGAUCAUUGGCAUACUGGCAGUGGGCAAAGAAGUUAACCUGGUCCUGCUGCUCAAAAACCUGACCAGUGAUGUGAAAACAGUGACAGUAAACAUGACAGCCUGGACCAUUGUCUACAAUGGCACACUUGUACAUGAGGUGUGGAAGGACUCCGUCACAAUAUCUCUGGACCCUGAAGAAGAAGUGCAGCAGCCCGUGAAGAUCUCGUAUGCUCAGUACGAGAAGUACCUGAAGGCGGACAACAUGAUCCGGAUCACAGCCGUGUGCAAGGUUUCUGACGAGGCCGAGGUGGUGGUGGAGCGGGAUGUCAUCCUGGACAACCCCACCCUGACCCUGGAGGUGCUAGACCAGGCCCAAGUGCGGAAGCCCGUGAACGUGCAGAUGCUCUUCUCCAACCCCCUGGACGAGCCGGUGAAGGACUGUGUGCUGAUGGUGGAGGGAAGCGGCCUGCUGCGGGGCAACCUCAAGAUCGACGUGCCGACCCUGAGCCCCAAGGAGCAGUCCCGGGUCCGUUUUGAGAUCCUGCCCACUCGGAGUGGCACCAAGCAGCUGCUGGCAGACUUCUCCUGCAACAAGUUCCCCGCCAUCAAGGCCAUGCUAUCCAUCGACGUGGCAGAGUGA